AUGCUGUUCUGCCAUUCCCAGCCUGAGUCCCACCACCAGCACUCGACUAGUUACAUUAGAGAGGCCUUGGCACCGUUCUUGAAAAGCGAAGAGGCCAGGCUUAUGGCUGAAUGCGGUGCCAAGAGGAGCCCGGUCCAGUACGUUCUGUGUGCAGCCACCUCGCCGGCUGUGAAGCAGCAGGAGGACAGUCUCACUUAUCUCAAUCAAGGUCAGUCCUACGAAAUCCGUAUGCUUAACAGAAAACUAGUGGAGUAUACAGAUAUAAGCAGCAAAUAUGUGAAGAGCAUUGUGCGCGUGGUGUUUCAUGACCGCCGACUGCAGUAUAUGGAGCACCAGGAGCUGGAGGGAUGGAGGUGGAACCGACCUGGAGACCGAAUCCUGGAUAUAGAUUUACCAUUGUCAGUGGGGAUACUGGAGCCCCGUACACACCCUCUGCAUCUCAACACCAUUGAGUUCCUCUGGGAUCCUGUCAAGAACGCUUCUGUUUUCAUCCAGGUCAACUGCAUCAGCACUGAGUUCACCCCCAGGAAGCACGGUGGGGAGAAAGGAGUGCCCUUUCGUAUCCAGCUGGACACAUUCAGCACCAAUGAACACGGGGAAUACCUGGAGCAUGUCCAUUCUUCUGGCUGCCAGGUCAAAGUCUUCAAGCCUAAAGGAGCUGAUCGCAAACUGAAGACAGACAGGGAAAAGAUAGCUAAAAAGGUCCCUCAAGACAGAGAGAAGUAUCAACUGUCCCAUGAGAACACUUUGCUCAAAGAGUGUUCUCCUUGGCCCGAUGCACUGAAUCACAGCAGCAGCAGCAGCACUCCGUCACCAGUUUACCACAGCUCCCCAACCUUCUGUGGUUUCACAGAUGGCAACUGUUCUCCAAACCAGCAAGGGGAGCUACUCGUGCCCGGCUGCUCUGAUCACCUUCUGCCAUCGUCCUCGCCGCAGGACACUCAGCAGUGGCUGCACCGCUACAGGUUCUCCCCGUUCUCAAGGCUCUUUUACAGCUUCUCGGGUGCUGAUCUGUUGAGGAUGAGCAGGGAGGAUCUGAUCCAGAUCUGCGGUCCAGCAGAUGGUAUUCGCCUCUUUAACACUGUGAAAGGAAGGUGUAUACAGCCCCGUCUUACCAUCUAUGUGUGUCAGCAGCAGACCAGUCAUCAACCUGCCAACAAGCCAUGUGGUGGAGACAUCUAUCAAGCUCUGUACCUGGAGGAGCUGACACUGUUGGACCUCUCAGAAAAGAUCUCUAUGCUGUACAGCAUCACUCCGCAGCAAAUUACACAUAUCUACAGACAGAAACCCAGCAGGAUCCACGUCUUAGUCUCUGACGAGAUGGUGCAGAACUUCAGGGAGGAAACAAGCUUCAUCCUCAGCAUUAUAAGAGAUGAAUACACUGAUGGCUACCACGUUGUGCUGAAAUGACCAAUUGGUACUCAAGAGAUUCAACUUCUCCUCAGAGAAUCAGUGGAAUUGUACAAUUUGUAUGAUAUCGAACAAAAAGUUCAGAAAUUAGGUGUGUGGUGGAUUAUUUCUCUGUUGCAACAAUGCUUCUUGGCAAUUCAAUUCAAUUAAGUUUAUUUUGU